GCCUGUCACGCCACCCAUCAACAGAUAAAUACGUGAGCAUCUCCGAGUCGAGCAUCAGUUCUCCGCCUCCGCAGAGAGACUCUUCACUCUUGCAGCCUUCAUCCACUCGAUUCUUUGGUAAAUCGUCUCCAACGACCCCACAAGAGCAACAAGAUGCAGAAGCUACUUCUUCUCGUAGGUCUGUGCGUGCUCGUGGCGCACUUGGAGGCCACAUGCUCCCGAAAACUGGUGUGCACCUUCCAGAGCGUUCCCGACUCAGACGUGAACGGCAUCAAUGACGUUGACGUGGCGUCCGACAUGAAACGGCAGCCGUGCACCCACAUCAUCUUCAAACGUGUCCGGCCAAAUAAACAAAUGAAGAUUCCCUCCAGCGGGGGACCAAUUCAGGAUCAUCAGGACUUCAAGACGGCAUUUCCGGGCGCAACCGCGAAAACCCUUUUGGAAGUCGAUCUGAUUGGGAUUAGCAGCGCUAUAUUCACACUUCCAAAGAGGGCCGAUUUUAUCACAUCCGUAUUCAACGUCGUGGUUGCUGAGGGCUUCGAUGGCGUCAACAUCUUGUGGAUGCAAAGCGGAGCCUUUGAUUCAGAAGCCAAGCAGGGAUUCACAGAUCUCAUGAAGGAGCUGAAAGCCAAGCUGGACUUGCUCACCGCUAGCGUAUCCGGUGUGCCUUCUGUCAUCGAUGACAGUUACGAGGUCCCACAGCUUGCCAGGAUCGUCGACUGCUUCAACGUGAUGACCGCUGAUCUUGACCGAAAAUCUCCUGUCGGCACAUUCCCCAAUGCGAUUGAUGGAAUGGAUCACUGGGUACAAGAGGGAGCGCCAACAGGAAAGCUGAACAUGGGAAUCGCCACCUACGGUGUUGACACGAAGCCCAAAGCCACGGCAAGGAUCUGGCCCAAAUCCCAGGUCUGCGCUGCCCCGUUGCUUCCCGCCACGGUUGUCAUCGACAGCGAUGCGACCAUCGACGACAAGGCCACCCACAUCGUGACUCAGAACUUUGGAGGAGCCUACGUGACGUCUCUGGAACUGGACGACUUUGAUGGAGUCGCCUGUGCCGCGGGGCCCUUUCCCGUCAUCCAGCGUGUCAAGGACGUAGUCUGCCCUUGAUUCGAAAGCGACGAUCGCGCGCACGAGGGUGAAGGCGACUCUCCUGCCCUCUCGCAAAUCCCCCUUCGCUUACUUGGGACGCGGGCCCCCGCUUGAGACUUGGCCGGUCUCAGCCCCCACGCUCGUCAUCGCAAUUCGACAAAAUGUACAAAAACGCAGAGGAACAACGCUCAGCAUUGACCAAAUUUGGGAUGGAUGGCAGAUGAAGAUAAACAAAAAAAAGAAAGGUCACCGAAGUAAAAGGGACCACUCGCAAAGAUUCUGUUGCGGCACCGAGGACAAAAUAAGAAAAUUUGCAUGACCGUAGAUGCGAUCUCUCAAAUGCGAAGAACCGAAGAAACUCAGCAGCAUGAGCCGAGUCUUU